AACUUUUUAUUGUGGUUUGUCCGUUCGGAGCGCUCCGCAGAACAGUCCUCCCUGUAAGAGCCUAACCAUUGCCAGCGAAACCUGCGCUGGGCGCUCCCUUCAUUACUAGUAUUUUUUUUUUUAAUUAAUCUGAUUAAUAAUUAUUUUCUCCCCCCCCCCAUUUAAUUUUUUUCCUCCCAGGUGGAGUUGCCGGAAGCCGGGGGCAUCUAGGGAGGAUGGGGGUGGAGGGGAGAGGCAGGAGUUGAGGGCACCUCUCUCUCCCUUCCCGACCCCCUAGCCCCCCAAGGGGCAGGAGGAUUGCGGGAACAGGAGUUGAGAUAGGGAGCUGAAAUGCCUCCGCCCCUCCCUUCUCUCAGGCUCUCCCUCCUCCUGCCCUCUUCUUGCAACUCUCCUUAAUUUUCUUUGGCUUUUUGAUGACUGGGACGAUCCUUUUUUUCAUUUUUAAAUUUAUAUAAAGUAUGUGUGUGUGUGGAGCUGAGACAGGCUCGGCAGCGGCACAGAAUGAGGGAAGACGAGAAAGAGAGAGUGGGCGAGAGAGAGAGAGAGGCAGAGAGAGAGGGAGAGGGAGAAUGACAGCAGCGCCCGGACGUCCUCCCCAACGUCGCCCUCAAUUCCACCGCCUAUGAUCCAGUGAGGCAUUUCUCGACCUAUGGAGCAGCCGUUGCCCAGAACCGGAUCUACUCGACUCCCUUUUAUUCGCCACAGGAGAAUGUCGUGUUCAGUUCCAGCCGGGGGCCGUAUGACUAUGGAUCUAAUUCCUUUUACCAGGAGAAAGACAUGCUCUCAAACUGCAGACAAAACAACUUAGGACAUAACACACAGACCUCAAUCGCUCAGGAUUUUAGUUCUGAGCAGGGCAGGACUGCGCCCCAGGACCAGAAAGCCAGUAUCCAGAUUUACCCCUGGAUGCAGCGAAUGAAUUCGCACAGUGGGGUCGGCUACGGGGCGGACCGGAGGCGCGGCCGCCAGAUCUACUCGCGGUACCAGACCCUGGAACUGGAGAAGGAAUUUCACUUCAACCGCUACCUAACGCGGCGCCGACGCAUCGAGAUCGCUAAUGCGCUCUGCCUGACCGAGCGACAGAUCAAAAUCUGGUUCCAGAACCGCCGGAUGAAGUGGAAAAAGGAAUCUAAUCUCACGUCCACGCUCUCGGGGGGCGGCGGAGGGGCCGCGGCCGACAGCCUGGGCGGAAAAGAGGAAAAGCGGGAAGAGACAGAAGAGGAGAAGCAGAAAGAGUGACCAGAACUGUCCCUGCCACCCCUCUCCGUCCUCCUCCCUCGCUCCCCCCAACUCCCUCCUUAUCACACACUCGGUAUUUAUCACUGGCACAAUUGAUGUGUUUUGACUCCGUAAAACAAAAAUAGGGAGUUAAAUGUGGACCUGAAAGUCAGCUCUGGACCCCCUCCCUCACCGCACAAACUCCCUUUCGCCCCACACCUCCUACUUGCUCCUUCGCUCGCUCGUUCUCGCUAAUCUGCAGACCCCUUCCCCCGCCCAGGCCUUGGGGGCUCGAUUCCUGAACUUCGCUUCAGACUCUCCACACUUCCUUCCAAACCAGGACUUGGCCCCCCACCCACCCUCCCGGCGCCUCCCCAGCCCCCGCCCCCGCGCAGAGAGCCGGCUCCGGGACCCGGGGCCUCUGCUCCGUGGCCUCAGGGCGCGGCCUGGCAGCUCCGGAGGGCUGGAGGCCCUUGGAGGGCGUGCCUGGGCCUCACAGCCAUCCCCAGGGCCUCCCUGCAGCCCCUACCCGGCCCCUCUGCCCCUCUGCCCCAGCAAAUGCCCAGCCCAGGCGAAUUGUAUUUAAAGAAUCCUGGGGGUCAUUAUGGCAUAUUACAAACUGUGACCGUUUCUGUGUGAAUAUUUUUAGCUGUAUUUGUGGUCUCUGUAUUUAUAUUUAUGUUUAGCACCGUCAGUGUUUCAAUCCCAUCUUAAAAAGAAAAAGAGGGAAAAUUAUAAAAAGAGGGGAAAAAAAGUGAAUGACGUUUGUUUAGCCAGUAGGAGAAGAAGAAGAAGAAAAAAAUAUAUCCUCGUGUUACCCUCCUGUAUAAAUCCGACCUCUGGAUCCGUUCUCGAAUAUUUAAUAAAACCGAUAUUAUUUUUAAAAGUUUA